UCCGAGGAUCGGUCGAGCGAAGGUGACUCACUUCUAAAGCUGGAAGCUUUGAUACACCUUCCUCUUUCUGUGGCGAGUUGUGCCGGCUGUUUAAUCGAGUUCCUCGAGAUUGCCACGUACUAUAUAACCGAUGCUCGGUCAAUCGAUUCUCUCAAUCGUAAUCUCUCUGUUCGUGUCGCCAACAACGGAAACCUCUUCUGCUCUCACUUUCGAAAUAUCGGGCGGAGAGACGUUGAUCCUUGCGCUAUGUGGUCCACGCUCGCGAUCCUUUGUCUGAUAACAACCUUCAGUUUCAACAAUGCAGAAAGAUCAUUGAACUCGAAUUCUUUCUCGCAACUAUCCGAUUCCACCCCAUCGAGAUUGAGAAAUUUGGAAGACGUGCCUGCCAGGCUUUCACGAAUAUUCGGAAAAAACAGUCGCACCAGGAGAUUGCACAUAGAGGAUCAGCACGGAUUCGACGGGAAAGUGGAAAAGAUUAAUGUCAAUUCCGAGGAGGAUCUUCCUGGAAUUAGGGCGUACGGGGUGCAGAAGAAGAAAUUAAUGAAUAACGGUUACAUAGAAAAAUCGAUACAACGAGAGAUCGAUACGAGAAGUGUCGAGGAUGGUUCCAGGGUUACUCGUUCGAUUGAAGCGUACGGGAAAACGAAGGAUCGUCUCGAGACGAACGGGUCGAUAGAGAGAGGGAAUCCGUCGACGAUCCAUGAAACUCGAAGGAGUCCGAGAUCGAUCGAAACGGAGACGACGAAGCAGGAUGGCGUUAAGGAGGGCGAUCUGGAAGAUCUGGAAGGACAAGACGCCAAAGUGUUCAGACCGUUGUUCGUGUACAGGCAGCAGAUGGCCAGGAAGCAACAUCGGGCAAAAAAUCAGAUUUACGGUUUUCCGAAAAUCCCUUGCGAGAAACGAGCGCCGAUUUUCUGAUCUUCUCGCUUCCCCGCUCUUAUCGUUCGCUUCGUUUUUUCCAUAACGAGUGAUGAUGCGUGGAAACGAGGAAUCGAGAAAGCGUUUGCAACGCACACCCAAGUCCUUGAAGUCGACUAAUUAUCAUAAUAAUUAACCGAUUGAGUCAGCGUCACUUUGUGCCAUAAAAGAAGAAAGCGGUUCUCGAGGAGGAUGAUGUUAAGUGGUUUGCGUGCGUACGCAGUGAUCGAAAGCGCGAUAAGUGGACGAUGAAGGCAAGAAUUCUAUCGUUUUUCAAAUACCAAAUAGUAUUAUAAUUAUAAUUAUAAUAUUGUAUAAUGUAUUGCAAUGUAGGAUGCAUGCGCUUUGCGAUCUAAUAAAUUAAACUCGACAAUUUUGUAUCUUAUGAAGAAAA